GCAACUCGCUUUACCUCUGUUAGCUUCUAUUCAGGCUACCUGUUGCUGUAUAUUCGCAGAGAAAUCCUAGAACCUCUCAAAACAAUUAUUUUAUCAAAUCCAGUGCCCUGAAGUUCAUACUUAUACCAAUAUAAUUAUUGUUUUAAGUUCUGUUGCCCUAAUCGCCGUGUCAGGCAGUCAACAUGGAGUCGUUCGGCACUAUGGCGAUCGUUGUAUUAUUUGCAAUGAUGGUAUUAACCAACAGGGUAUCUGGACAGGAUGGCGGAGGAAUCAACUGUCCAAUACCCGCACAGAUCCGGAAUGGCCGUUAUACCACAACGGGUCGGAGUGUAGGAAGCACGGUGACCUACGAAUGUUUCGCUGACUACGAGCUGAUCCGUGAGAAACAAGCCACGUGUCUGCAGGAUGGAUCAUGGUCUAGCUUAGCACCAGAAUGUCAACGUAUCCGCUGCCCAGAUCCAACACGCAUACCUAACGGAGGUUUCCCAGUGCCUGACCCGACAGUUGGUAAUACAGUGACAUAUCGCUGUUUCCCAGGAUACACUCUCAAUGGUCAGGCCACACUGGAGUGUCAGCCGGAUAAGACAUGGUUUCCACAGUUACCAUCAUGCACAAAAACCACAUGUCCACAACCACGUAUAGAGAAUGGUCAGUACACAGCGACAUCAUCCAGCCUUACUGUUGGUGCUCGUGUAACAUAUCAGUGCAGCGUGGGAUAUGAAUUAGUGGGCAAUGUAGAAGCUACGUGUCAGACCAAGGGCACCUGGUCUAGUCAACCACCAACAUGCAAAGCAACUGGAUGCUCACCUCCCACAUCCAUUGCCAAUGGCGGCGUUGUCUAUCCGAACACACUUGUUGGAAGUCAUGCAAAUUAUCAUUGCAACACUGGAUUUGAGCUGAUCGGUGGAAGUGAGCGCGUAUGUCAAGCUGAUGGUGCCUGGUCUCCUGAACUUCCUACAUGCAGAGUCGCUAGUUGUCCUCAGCCAGCUGAUAUUGUCAAUGGCGGUUUCAGGGUGACGGGAACUACAGUGGGAAGUCGUGUUGACUAUCGGUGUACUGAUGGCUACAGACUUGUGGGUGAUGCCCAGGCUUUCUGUCAAGCUUCUAGAACUUGGUCCUCUGUGACUCCGACUUGUGUGCGCAUUAGUACUUGUCCUCUCCCACCCACCAUCAGUAACGCCCAGUAUACGUACGACGGUGUUUCAGUGGGUAGCCGUGCAUACUAUACGUGCGACGAAGGAUUUGAGAUCGCCGAGAAGGAAACCUCAUUGUGCCUGGUUGAUGGAACAUGGUCCGAACCACCCACAUGUAGAGCUACGCAUUGUCCUCGUCCUCGCCGAAUUGAGAACGCAAUUCUUCGCUCCUCCACGUACACAGUCGGUAGUAAAGUACAUUAUUCAUGCAGACAAGGUCAUCGUCUCGAGGGACAAUCGGAUGCUAUCUGCCAAGACGAUGGAAAGUGGUCGACUGAGCCGCCAGCAUGCAUUCUUGAGGAGCCUUCACUGCCCUGCGAAUCGGAUCCCUGUUACCAUGGUGUCUGUGUGGACCUGCUGGAUGACUACAUGUGUGUAUGUCCUACUGGCUAUACAGGGAAGAACUGUGAAAGACUGAUCAGCUGUUCAGACCCAGGCAGCGUUGAUAAUUGUGUGAUUGACUACACUUCCACAACACUGGGAAGUAAGGCUGUGCACACUUGUGACAAGGGCUAUGAGAUGGUGGGUGGUCGCGAGGCGGUCUGCCAGACCACUGGACAAUGGUCUCAGCAGCCAUCAUGUGCAGCCAGAGCAGCAUCGAUGAACUGUGCCCUGCCCAGAGGUAUAGCCAAUGGACGUGUGACGUAUACAGGCACUGCAGUGGGAAGCAGGAUUAUAUACCGCUGCAGCCGUGGAUUUAGGCUGAUUGGCAGCGCAAAAGUCACCUGUUUGUCCAAUGGAAGAUGGACUGCAGCUGCAGCCACGUGUAGUCGCAUCAGCUCCGGUAGCUCCAGUGACGAUGACAACUCUCACAGGAGCAGCAACAAUAUGAACGGCAGCAGCAGCAGCAGAAGUAGCAGCAGUAGCAGCAAAUCGCCGUGUCAGGCAGUCAACAUGGAGUCGUUCGGCACUAUGGCGAUCGUUGUAUUAUUUGCAAUGAUGGCAUUAACCAACAGGGUAUCUGGACAGGAUGGCGGAGGAAUCAACUGCCCAAUACCCGCACAGAUCCGGAAUGGCCGUUAUACCACAACGGGUCGGAGUGUAGGAAGCACGGUGACCUACGAAUGUUUCGCUAACUACGAGCUGAUCCGUGAGAAACAAGCCACGUGUCUGCAGGAUGGAUCAUGGUCUAGCUUAGCACCAGAAUGUCAACGUAUCCGCUGCCCAGAUCCAACACGCAUACCUAACGGAGGUUUCCCAGUGCCUGACCCGACAGUUGGGAAUACAGUGACAUAUCGCUGUUUCCCAGGAUACACGCUCAAUGGUCAGGCCACACUGGAGUGUCAGCCGGAUAAGACAUGGUUUCCACAGUUACCAUCAUGCACAAAAACCACAUGUCCACAACCACGUAUUGAGAAUGGUCAGUACACAGCAACAUCCUCCAGCCUUACUGUUGGUGCUCGUGUAACGUAUCAGUGCAGCGUGGGAUAUGAAUUAGUGGGCAAUGUAGAAGCUACGUGUCAGACCAAGGGCACCUGGUCUAGUCAACCACCAACAUGCAGAGCAACUGGAUGCUCACCUCCCACAUCCAUUGCCAAUGGCGGCGUUGUCUAUCCGAACACACUUGUUGGAAGUCGUGCCAAUUAUCAUUGCAACACUGGAUUUGAGCUGAUCGGUGGAAGUGAGCGCGUAUGUCAAGCUGAUGGUGCCUGGUCUCCUGAACGUCCUACAUGCAGAGUCGCUAGUUGUCCUCAGCCAGCUGAUGUUGUCAAUGGUGGUUUCAGGGUGACGGGAACUACAGUGGGAAGUCGUGUUGACUAUCAGUGUACUGAUGGCUACAGACUUGUGGGUGAUGCCCAGGCUUUCUGUCAAGCUUCUAGAACUUGGUCCUCUGUGACUCCGACUUGUGUGCGCAGUAGCACUUGUCCUCUCCCACCCACCAUCAGUAACGCCCAGUAUACGUACGACGGUGUUUCAGUGGGUAGCCGUGCAUACUAUACGUGCGAUGAAGGAUUUGAGAUCGCCGAGAAGGAAACCUCAUUGUGCCUGGUUGAUGGAACAUGGUCCGAGCCACCCACAUGUAGAGCUACGCAUUGUCCUCGUCCUCGCCGAAUUGAGAACGGCAUUCUUCGCUCCUCCACGUACACAGUCGGUAGUAAAGUACAUUAUACAUGCAGACAAGGUCAUCGUCUCGAGGGACAAUCGGAUGCUAUCUGCCAAGACGAUGGAAAGUGGUCGACUGAGCCGCCAGUAUGCAUUCUUGAGGAGCUUGCACUUCCCUGCCAAUCGGAUCCCUGUUACCAUGGUGUCUGUGUGGACCUGCUGGAUGACUACAUGUGUGUAUGUCCUACUGGCUAUACAGGGAAGAACUGUGAAAGACUGAUCAGCUGUUCAGACCCAGGCAGCGUUGAUAAUUGUGUGAUUGACUACACUUCCACCACACUGGGAAGUAAGGCUGUGCACACUUGUGACAAGGGAUAUGAGAUGGUGGGUGGUCGCGAGGCGAUCUGCCAGACCACUGGACAUUGGUCUCAGCAGCCAUCAUGUGCAGCCAGAGCAGCAUCGAUGAACUGUGCCCUGCCCAGAGGUAUAGCCAAUGGACGUGUGACGUACAUGUAUACAGGCACUGCAGUGGGAAGCAGGAUUAUAUACCGCUGCAGCCGUGGAUUUAGGUUGAUUGGCAGCGCGAGAGUCACCUGUUUGUCCAAUGGAAGAUGGACUGCAGCUGCAGCCACGUGUCGUCGCAUCAGCUCCCGUAGCUCCAGUGACGAUGACAACUCUUUCAAGAGCAGCAACAAUAGGAACGGUAGCAGCAGCAGCAGCAGUAGCAGCAGUGAAGACUAAAUUGAAUCUUUCUUAAUUAAUUAUUCAUAAAGAGCACACAUCAGAGCAUGACGAGUUUCAAUAGCAAAUUACUGCAUUUUGUAGGGUGAUUUUUUACUCUUUCCCAUAAUCAUGGUUCUAUUUGAAGUAUUUAAACCUAUAGAAAAACACUUCCGGUGUUCAUCCAACCAAAAUCUGAAACAUUUAUAGAAAACUUACAUGAUAAUUUGUUUUUCAGAGCAGUUAUCAUGUCCUCUUGGUAUCCUACUAAGAUUCUAUGGCGUGUUGCUUCGCUACAUCUUCAUCAGCUAUUUUAACCUUUCAUUCGAAUGUACCAUACAUAUGCCGGUGGAAUCCAGGAAUUUGACACUUGAAAGCAAAACUAUUGAAACGCAGCAAAGAGAAAUAAAUCGAUGCCUAGUAUCAGA